AUGUUUCGACGAAUGUUCACUCUUGGGCCAAGGGCAUCGGCUAUGUUAAACCCUCUACAGGCCAUUCGUCCCGCAAACCUGAGCAUAAAUAGUCGAAACAAUCCCCGAAAUGUCGGUUCCAUGUCCAAGGGAGAUGUGGAUGUUGGCACAGGACUUGUUGGCGCCCCAGCUUGUGGAGACGUCAUGAAGCUUCAGAUACGCGUGGACAAAGAUAGCAAUACUAUCAGUGACGUUAAAUUUAAGACGUUUGGAUGCGGCAGCGCCAUCGCGAGUUCAAGCUACCUCACGGAGUUGGUUCGUGGAAUGACAUUGGAAGAAGCUGGGAAGAUUCGGAAUACUGAAAUUGCAAAGGAACUGUGUUUGCCACCCGUAAAACUUCAUUGCUCGAUGCUUGCGGAAGAUGCAAUUAAGUCGGCCAUCUCGAACUACUAUACGAAGAAUCCAAAGUCCCGCUCCACUGACCUGUCUGGAGCCACCUCAUCCAUGCCUAACAUUGACGCCCAAAAGGCGUCUACCGAGUCUACAAGUGCUCAGAACACAGCGGGUUAA